GUUGACCAAUCAGUGAGAGGGCGAUGCGCGUGCGUAAUAAGCCGCAGACCCCACCCCCGUGCCCUCUGCAGCGGUAAUAGGCAGGCGAUGUCAGGGCUCGGGAGUGGAAGUGUGGGGUCAGUUACUACGGGACCUAAACGCUGGCCAAUCGCCGAGAGAAGGAGGAGGCCUUUCGGAAGAAACCACACAGGAGAGGCGGGACAAGGCGGGACCAAUAGAAAAAGGAAAUGAAGUUUCGCCACAUCCGGCACUGCCUCUGGCGCCUGCGCUCGAUGCUGGGGAGGCUGACGCCGACCUGUGAAGUGCAAGAUGGCGGUGCUAGGCUGAUCCUGCUGCUGCUGAGGGGCCCAGGGCAGUCGGGGGUGACAGAAGUGCCGUCUCCGCCUGUCUGACGUCCCUCGGGAGACCCUGCGCUGCACCUUGCUGCCGCAGCCAUGUAUGGGCCUGGCAACAAACGAGCCGCUGGAGACGGGGCAUCGGGACCCCCAGAGAAAAAGCUGAACCGUGAGGAGAAGACCACAACCACGCUUAUAGAGCCCAUUCGGCUUGGAGGCAUCUCUUCCACGGAGGAAAUGGACCUGAAGGUUCUGCAGUUCAAGAACAAGAAACUAGCAGAGCGGUUGGAACAGAGGCAGGCUUGUGAAGAUGAACUCCGAGAACGAAUUGAGAAGCUGGAGAAGCGGCAGGCCACAGAUGAUGCCACACUUCUCAUUGUCAACCGCUACUGGGCCCAGCUGGAUGACACUGUGGAAGCCCUUCUCCGACACCAUGAGAACCAGGGGGAGCUGUCUUCAGGGACAGAGGCGCCUCUAACCCAGGAGGGCCCAACACAUGAUGAGACCCCUCUCACAGAGCCAGGGACAUCAGAGUUGAGGGAACCUUUGCCAGUGCAGCUGCGGCCGCCUCUCAGUGAGCCAGCCUUGGCUUUUGUGGUUGCUCUGGGUGCCAGCAGUAGUGAGGAGGUGGAGUUGCAGCUGCAGGGCCAGAUGGAGUUCUCUAAGGCAGCUGUGUCCCGUGUGGUAGAGGCCUCAGACUGCCUACAGCGUCAGGUGGAGGAACUCUGUCAACGAGUAUACAGCCGAGGGGAUAGUGAGCCCCCCAGCGAGGUGGCUCGGGCACGCACCCGGGAGCUGGGACGUGAGAACCGGCGGCUACAGGACUUGGCCACCCAGCUACAGGAGAAGCACCACCGCAUCUCACUGGAGUAUUCUGAGCUCCUGGAUAAAGUGACAUCAGCAGAAACUAAGGUGCUGGAGAUGGAGACAACGGUAGAGGACCUACAGUGGGAUAUUGAGAAGUUGCGCAAGCGUGAGCAAAAGCUCAAUAAGCACCUGGCAGAGGCCUUGGAGCAGCUCAACUCUGGCUACUAUGUGUCUGGGAGCUCAUCAGGCUUCCAGGGGGGCCAGAUCACACUCAGCAUGCAGAAGUUUGAGAUGUUGAAUGCAGAGUUGGAAGAAAACCAAGAAUUAGCCAACAGUCGCAUGGCAGAGCUAGAGAAGCUGCAGGCUGAACUUCAGGGGGCUGUGCGGACCAAUGAGCACCUCAAGGUGGCGCUACGGAGCCUCCCUGAGGAAGUGGUUCGGGAGACAGGGGAGUACCGAAUGUUGCAGGCCCAGUUCUCGCUGCUCUACAAUGAAUCACUGCAAGUGAAGACCCAGCUGGAUGAGGCCCGGGGGCUACUGCUGGCCACCAAGAACUCCCACCUGAGACACAUUGAGCACAUGGAGAGUGAUGAGCUGGGGCUGCAGAAGAAGCUACGCACAGAGGUUAUCCAGCUGGAGGACACACUGGCCCAGGUACGCAAGGAGUAUGAGAUGCUGCGCAUCGAGUUUGAACAGAACCUGGCAGCCAAUGAGCAGGCAGGGCCUAUCAACCGUGAGAUGCGCCAUCUAAUCAGCAGCCUCCAAAACCACAACCACCAGCUAAAGGGGGAUGCCCAGCGGUACAAGCGGAAGCUGCGGGAAGUGCAGGCUGAGAUUGGCAAGCUCCGGGCCCAGGCCAGUGGCUCUACCCACUCCAUCCCCAACCCGGGCCACCUGGAGGACUCCAGCCUCAGUGCCCCAGCCCCAGGGAAAGAAGAGGGUGGGCUAGGCUCUGUCAGUUUCCCUGAUGGUAGAAAGGAAAUGGCUUCAGUGCCUGGUGCCACCACUCCCACCACCUCAGUGAAGAAGGAGGAGCUGGUCCCCUCUGAGGAAGAUGUCCAGGCCAUAACCACGGGAUCCCAGGGCCCCACCUCCCGGGGCCGAGAACCUGAGGCCAGGCCCAAGCGGGAGCUUCGGGAGCGGGAAGGGCCUGGCCUAGGACCCCCAACUGUGGCCUCAGCUCUAUCAAGGGCUGAUCGGGAGAAGGCCAAAGUGGAGGAGGUGAAGAGGAAGGAGUCAGAACUCCUCAAAGGUCUCCGAGCAGAGCUCAAGAAGGCCCAGGAAAGCCAGAAGGAGAUGAAGCUCCUGCUAGACAUGUACAAGUCAGCACCCAAGGAGCAACGGGAUAAGGUGCAGCUCAUGGCAGCUGAACGUAAGGCCAAGGCUGAGGUUGAUGAACUGCGGAGCCGCAUCCGGGAACUGGAGGAGAGGGAUCGAAGGGAGAGCAAGAAGAUUGCAGAUGAGGAUGCCCUGCGGCGCAUUCGGCAGGCAGAGGAGCAGAUAGAACACCUGCAGCGCAAGUUGGGUGCCACCAAGCAGGAGGAGGAGGCUCUGCUGUCAGAGAUGGAUGUGACAGGGCAGGCUUUUGAGGACAUGCAGGAGCAGAAUGGACGGCUGCUACAGCAGUUGCGGGAAAAGGAUGAUGCCAACUUUAAGCUGAUGUCAGAGCGGAUCAAGGCCAACCAGAUUCAUAAGCUACUGCGGGAGGAGAAGGAUGAGUUGGGCGAGCAAGUUCUUGGCCUCAAGUCCCAGGUGGAUGCCCAGCUGCUGACAGUGCAGAAACUGGAGGAAAAAGAACGGGCCUUGCAAGGUAGCCUUGGGGGUGUGGAGAAGGAGCUGACACUGCGCAGCCAGGCCCUGGAGCUCAAUAAGAGGAAGGCUGUGGAAGCAGCCCAGCUGGCUGAGGACUUAAAGGUGCAGCUGGAGCAUGUGCAGACACGGCUUCGAGAGAUCCAGCCUUGCCUGGCAGAAAGCCGGGCUGCUCGAGAAAAAGAAAGCUUCAACCUAAAGAGGGCUCAGGAGGAUAUCUCACGACUACGGCGCAAGCUGGAGAAGCAGAGGAAGGUGGAAGUUUAUGCAGAUGCUGACGAAAUCCUCCAGGAGGAGAUCAAGGAGUACAAGGCGCGGUUGACCUGCCCCUGCUGUAACACCCGCAAGAAGGAUGCAGUCCUUACCAAGUGCUUCCACGUUUUCUGCUUCGAGUGCGUGCGGGGCCGCUAUGAGGCCCGCCAGAGGAAGUGCCCCAAGUGCAACGCAGCCUUUGGUGCCCACGACUUCCACCGUGUCUACAUCAGCUGAACCCGUAACUCAGGGGACUUUGGAAUACCCAUGGACCCUGGGGGCUGUGCUUCCAGUCCUUCCUCUGCCCACAUCCAGUUGCCCCCACCCUCCAUUCCAAAUUCUGUGGACCCAGCCCCUCUGUACUUGGGUGGUUUGGGGGCCCCAGUGCAUGCCAGUGGGAGUGGGAUCAGCCAAGCUCAGUUCUACCUUUCCUAUGGUCACAGCUUUAGCCUAAGGGGCACCCGUACUGCAGGAAGGGUCUGCUAUGAGAGGUUUGAGGGGCCCAGAAACUCAACUGAGUCUCCUGGAAGCUGGCCCUAACCUUUCCCAACUAUUUCCAUGGGCCCACCCUAGCCCAAAGGGGAAAAUUCUCCCUACCUCCCUGAGAGGAAGCUCACUUGCUGCUUACAUACCCACAAAUGAGGAUCACAGGUGGACCAGAUCCCCAGCCCCUUGCUCUGAAACAGCUCUGGGCCCCAGGGAGACUUUCUUCACCCACUGCCUCCCAGGCCUGAGCAGGGCUUCCCUUCUGUGGAGUUCCCUGGGCUCUUUAGUCUGGCUGUUGUGCUAAGGGAUGAAGGAGGUACCCCCUUGGCAGGGCACUGGCCUGUUCCUCUGGGAAGCUCUAUAUUGCUGCAGUCACCCUGCCUUCAUCUUGGGAAUGCUGAACCAAGAUCAUCAGGUUAUAUUCUUAUCAGGUCCCUCCCAAUCUCUCUCACUCUCAAGCCCACUUACCCCCACCUCAUGCUUCCCAAGACUUCACUGGGUCCCCAGUCCUGACCCUGCUUUUGUCCUGGUGGUCUCAAUUGUAGUGGAGGUGAAACUUCCAGCAGGGAAGAAACAGACUAGCCACUGGGCCAACUUCCAGUCAUUCCAGGUAGAAGAGCUUCAUCUAACACCCUAUGACUGAGCCCCCCAUUAUACUUCUGUGCUGCCUGCCCAAGCAAACUCCAGGGCCUGGAAGGUAGAGCUGCUGACAGGUGCAAGGGUCCACCUAGACCCACACCCCCUGCUCUGGAGAAGUCUUGUGUAGGCUGUUAAUUGUUAUGAAUAAAUGUCCAACCCUCAGGCUGUGGUCCCAGUA